GCUGCAGAGAAUUGACCAAGAAUGUUUGCAAAAAACAUCAGUGCUGAAGGUGCUGAUGGUGCUUCAGACCUAACUUUUGCAAAAAUCAGGCAAGACAGCGACUCCAGUAACUUCAGCCUUACUUCUUCGCUUUCCCUGGAGAAGGAUGACCUACAAGAGCUAGACCUGGAUGACAUAUCGAGUAAUGAUGAAAAUUAUGAUUCAAAAAAAAACUUGGUUAAACGAUACAGGCUGCUUAAUUUGGAUACAAAGCUUCAUCGAAAAAGGGUGUUGGGUGAAAAUGGAUUGAAAACUGUCAAAAGGGAUUAUCAGCUUUUGAGGUUUUUAUUUCAUGAAACCAAAGAUUCAAAAAUUCUCAAUAAUGUUGUUCACGCGAUUGAUUCAGAAGUUCUUUUAAAUGUUACUGAAAAUGCUGAGAUCUCAAUAAAGAAUUUAAAGGUUGAUCAUUCCAAUAAAAUUAUUGAUGUUAAUGAUUUUUUAAUAAAUUUUAAGAGAAAAUUUUCUAGUUUGCACCCACAAAGCGAUAUCUCUAAUGAAUAUAGUGAUUUUGAUAAUGAUUUUGAUGAUCAUGAUCAUGAUGGUAGUGACAGUUUUUAUGGUGUUCAUCAAAACAGCAAUAAUAAAAAGUAUAUAUCUUUAGAUGAUCACCAUCCAAGCAAGAAAUCAAAAGAAAAUAAUAAAAAAAAACCAGCCAAAACUUCCAGAAAUACAAAUAAAAUAAAUUUUUUAAGGGUUGGUACUGCAAGUCUUUUUUUUUCAAAGAAAGCACCAACAAUUGAUUUCUUGAAUACCACAAUGAAUGUGAAAAAAAAACGAUUUAAACAGCAUCAGAUUAAUGAUUUACCAAAUGGAGAGAAAAUUACAGCAGAUAAGUUAACUUUGGAUGAUUUGAAGAAUACUAGUGAUUUAAAGAAAGAUGACACUGCAAAAUCAGUUCAUUUAUGUUAUAAGGUUUUUCAAAAAUAUACGAAAGAACAUCCAAAUGAUAAAAAAAUUAAUAUUUUCAAUUUUUUCAUUAAUCCAAAAUCAUUUUCCAAGACUGUUGAAAAUAUGUUUUAUAUGAGUUUUUUAGUUAAAGAUAAUAAAAUCAGAAUUAAUUUUAAUAAUGAUAGCGGUUUCCCUACAGUUGAAGAAGUUGUUCCAUUGAGCAAGUUAGACAACCAGGAUUCAAGGUACAGAUCGGAGAAAAAGUUGUAUGAAAAUGAUCAAGUGAAUCAUAUCGUUUUCAGACUAGACUAUGAAAGUUGGGAAAAACUCAUUAAGAUAUAUAAUAUUCAAGAUUCUAUUAUAUAAGGAUUGUAACAUCAAUUUGUUUCAUUGCACCUUAUACUUUUUUUUCAAAUUUUUGACACAUUUUGAGAAGAUUUUAUGGUAUAUAUAAAUAAAUACCCAAAGUAUUUAUAUGUUAGAUUAUAUGUUAGAUUAUAUGUUAGAUUAUAUGUUGGAUUAUUUGUUUAUUCAAUUAUUGAUUCAUGAAUUUGUUUGUUGACUGGUGUUUUGAAGCUGCUUGGAUGAUGCUGGAUGAUGCUGCACAAUGCUGGACGGAAAGUACACGUGUGUGUUAUACAACAAUGGGUCUGUGUAAAAGUGCACGCGCAGAAAUUAAGACAAACAAUAAAAAGAAUGCAUGAAUGCACGUGUAUAUCUGUACAACUGAGCCGUUGAAUGGUGUCACUACUGUUGAUUGUUUGCAUGUGAGAGUUUGCAGGAGUGAAAAAGUAUUUAUCUUAGUUCCCUUUUCAUCCAGCAAAAAAAAACAG